AUGCCUCAAUUAAUCUCACCCCUGGCCCUCCGGGCCCUACGGACACUCAUCCACCGUCCUGCCACAACGUCAACACCCCUCCGCACUCUCACAACCAGCGCCUUCCGCCGCGCAACUACAACCACAACCACCCCGAUCACCUCCCACUUCACCUUCACCCCAAUCUUCCGCACCCAAGCAGCCCUCACCCGCCAAUUCUCUAGCUCCCCCAUCAUCCGCGCAACCUACAACCAAGUCCGCCGCGGCUGCCGCAGCGGCCAGCGCGCGCGCCGUGGCCGCUCCCCAGCAUUGAAGAACCACCCUUCUCUCAAGGGCGUCUGCGUCAAGACGGGUAUCACCAAGCCCAAGAAGCCUAACUCAGGCGAGCGCAAGGUUGCCAGAGUUCGCUUGAGUUCCGGCAAGGUCGUUAGUGCUAUUAUCCCCGGUGAGGGUCAUAAUAUUCAGCAGCACAGUGUUGUCCAGGUUCGGGGUGGUAGGGCGCAGGAUUGUCCUGGUGUGAAGUAUCAUUUGGUUCGUGGAGCUAUGGAUUUGGGUGGUGUUGGAAGCCGUGUGACCAGUCGUUCCAAGUAUGGUACGAAGAAGCCUAAGAGCAACUAA